CAAACAGCUGCUGGAGUAGGGUUCUCCUGCCGGCUUUCCCGGCCACCAGCUUCCCCGGGCCUCUCCGGGGCUGCCGAUUUCAUUCUCGGCAUGGCCAACGUCUCUAAGAAGGUGUCAUGGUCUGGACGCGACCACGAGGAGGCGGAAGCGACGGUGCCUCGGAGGCCGCGGCCACCGCUCGCGGAUCUGCACGGGGAGAGCACACCGCUGUUGAACGGGGCUGGGCCGGCGGCAGCCCAGCAGCCCUCCCAUUCAUCAUUUUUCCGCAUUGGGCAUCUGAGCAAUGUAGAUCUGGAUGAUGAACUGCUUGAUUCGGAGAUGGAUGCACCUCAUCAUUUCCCCCGGGAGAUUCCACAUAAUGAGAAACUCCUGUCCCUGAAGUAUGAGAGUUUGGAUUAUGACAAUAGUGAAAACCAGUUGUUCCUGGAAGAAGAGAGAAGAAUAAACCACACAGCUUUCCGGACUGUAGAGAUCAAACGCUGGGUCAUCUGUGCCAUGAUCGGAAUUCUGACUGGCUUAGUUGCCUGCUUCAUUGACAUCGUGGUGGAGAACUUGGCAGGACUGAAAUACCGAGUAGUAAAAGACAAUAUUGACAAGUUUACAGAAAAGGGGGGUUUGUCUUUCUCCCUGUUACUCUGGGCAACACUGAAUUCGGCCUUUGUGAUCGUCGGCUCCGUGAUUGUUGCCUUUAUAGAGCCUGUUGCUGCUGGCAGUGGAAUUCCCCAGAUUAAAUGCUUCCUCAAUGGUGUCAAGAUUCCUCAUGUGGUUCGACUCAAGACAUUGGCGAUUAAAGUAUGUGGUGUCAUUUUAUCUGUGGUUGGAGGGCUGGCUGUUGGAAAGGAAGGACCAAUGAUUCACUCUGGAGCUGUGAUUGCAGCUGGUAUUUCUCAAGGAAGAUCAACCUCACUGAAGAAAGACUUCAAGAUCUUUGAAUACUUCCGAAGAGACACAGAGAAGCGAGACUUUGUUUCAGCUGGAGCAGCAGCUGGUGUCUCAGCUGCUUUUGGAGCCCCUGUAGGGGGUGUCCUGUUCAGCUUGGAAGAAGGUGCUUCCUUCUGGAAUCAGUUCCUGACAUGGAGAAUUUUCUUUGCCUCCAUGAUUUCCACAUUCACCCUGAAUUUUGUUCUGAGUAUUUACCAUGGAAACAUAUGGGAUCUCUCUAGCCCCGGUCUCAUCAAUUUUGGAAGAUUUGACACUGAGAAAAUGGUAUACACAAUCCAUGAGAUCCCCAUCUUCAUUGCCAUGGGUGUGGUGGGUGGUAUUCUUGGAGCAGUGUUCAAUGCCUUGAAUUAUUGGCUGACAAUGUUUCGAAUCAGAUACAUACAUCGUCCUUGCCUCCAGGUGAUUGAAGCCAUGCUUGUGGCUGCAGUCACUGCCACAGUUGCAUUUGUAUUGAUUUACUCCUCUCGGGAUUGCCAGCCACUUCAAGGGAACUCCAUGUCUUACCCUCUUCAGCUGUUCUGUGCAGAUGGAGAAUAUAAUUCGAUGGCUGCAGCCUUCUUCAACACCCCAGAGAAGAGUGUUGUCAGCCUUUUUCACGAUCCCCCAGGUUCCUACAACCCCUUGACCCUGGGACUGUUCACUCUGGUCUAUUUCCUGCUGGCAUGUUGGACUUAUGGGCUCACUGUGUCUGCUGGAGUCUUCAUUCCCUCCCUCCUCAUUGGUGCUGCUUGGGGAAGACUCUUCGGCAUCUCACUGUCCUACCUUACCAGUGCUGCAAUAUGGGCCGAUCCUGGCAAGUAUGCCCUGAUGGGGGCUGCUGCCCAGCUUGGUGGCAUUGUGAGAAUGACUCUGAGCCUGACUGUCAUCAUGAUGGAGGCUACGAGCAAUGUGACUUACGGUUUCCCCAUCAUGUUGGUUUUGAUGACGGCAAAAAUUGUUGGAGACUUCUUUAUUGAGGGCCUUUAUGACAUGCAUAUCCAGCUGCAGAGUGUCCCCUUCCUCCACUGGGAAGCUCCAGUUACAUCACAUUCACUUACUGCCAGAGAGGUGAUGAGCACACCCGUUACCUGUCUCCGGAGAAAAGAGAAAGUUGGAGUUAUAGUGGAUGUCCUCAGUGACACUUCCUCCAAUCACAAUGGCUUCCCAGUGGUGGAGUCCUUUGACGAUGCCCAGCCAGCAAGACUACAGGGCUUGAUCCUGCGCUCCCAGUUGAUUGUCCUCUUGAAGCAUAAGGUGUUUGUGGAAAGGGCCAGUCUGAACCUGGUCCAGAGGAGACUGAAACUAAAGGACUUUCGAGACGCCUACCCCCGAUUCCCGCCCAUCCAGUCAAUUCAUGUGUCUCAGGAUGAACGGGAAUGCAUGAUGGACCUCACAGAGUUCAUGAACCCCUCCCCAUACACAGUGCCUCAGGAGGCAUCCCUUCCAAGAGUAUUCAAGCUGUUCCGAGCACUGGGACUCAGGCAUUUGGUGGUGGUAGAUAAUCAUAAUCAGGUGGUUGGGAUGGUGACGAGAAAAGACCUUGCAAGAUACAGAUUAGGAAAAGGAGGGUUGGAAGAGCUGUCCUUGGCCCAGACGUGAGGGGAUUGGUAUCACGUCUCUGCAGGGCAAGCGUUACUGCCCAUUGGAAACCCUCUGCCUCCUCAUGUUCUUUAGCACUCUCAUCUGAGGCCUUGUUUCUCUGGAGGCCGUGGAAGUGAAAAGUCUUCCCAGACUUCCAAGCGCAAACCUGGCUGCUCCAGGUUCCAGUUCAGUGUUUUAAUUUGACGUACAUUGUGGGUAGAUUUGUUUACAUUUUAAUAUUUUUCUCUCUGGUUUGUUGCCAUUGGAUUCAAUUUUUAUUCUAUCCUUUUACGUUUCCUUACCUGAAAGGAUCAAAUGAGUUUAACUUUCCUUUCUAGCUGUGCUCCUUGUCUGAGAACAAAUGGGUGAGGGAGCAUGUGUCCAAGCAUACCCAUGUUGAGGGGAUGCGGGGGGGCUAGUCCUGCUGCACUGAGGAGACUCCUAGAGUCUGUCACACCUGCUGUGGCCACAGCAGGCUUAUUCGUUUAGCACAGCCCAACACCACGCUCAGGAAUUUCUCGGGAUUUCCUGAAAGAGACCUGAGGCCGCAGUAGAUGCUGCUGCUUCUCCCCCCCCUGUAUAUUCCCCAUCACCAGCCUGUGCCGCUCCUGUCUCAGCAUGGCAUGAGGAGGCCUGACUACCCAGUCUCCAGGCUGAUGGUUGAGUUUGAAUCAGGUCGGGCAGGUGGCCUGAGGACAAGGAGAGCCACACACUCUGACAAUCCUAAAUUUUUCCUGGCACUGGGCUUAUGAAAAACCUUCCCUGCCCUUUAGGGAGCAGCUCAAGGUGUUCCUGCCACCUUUCUUGUAGCAUUGGCUUCUUGUGGGUCUAGGGGACCUCGAAUCUGUUCUCUCCCUCCUCCAAGGGCAGACUUCAGAGCCAAACAAGGCAACAGUGGGAAUGUGAGACAUGUCCCAUCCUUACUGAAGUGGCUUCUGACUGGGCAACACUAGACAGAUGGGUAAUCUGCUGUGGCUCUGCAGCUUCCACGUCUGUCCCUAUGGUCUGAGGUUGGCGGGCCUUGUUCCUCCUCCCAUCGCCGCCGCCCCCCCCCUCCCCCGCCCCCAACGUCUCUGGUCAGUGAGCACGAGAAUCAGAGCAUCCUCGCUGUGGAGUCAUAGAGCGUGGAAGCUCUCCUUGGUGGUGGUCACAACGUCUCCUGCCAUCCUGUGUUGGUGGUUGUGGCAUCACUCCAUCCUCCCUGAACCUUCCUCUGCUCCACCUUCCCAGCUGUGCAAGUUUGAGUCUUCAAAAAGUUGGCCAGUCAGAAAUAUUCCUUUUAAGCACAGUUUCUUAGGGGUUUGACACACUGUAUUUAUGUCAAGGAAAGGUAGCCAUGUGAUGACUCCUUCAGGUAUUGACAUAUGACUCCUCUUAAUGUGUACUUGUUUUUCCUGUCUUUUAGAGCUGGGCAUAAAUGCAAAGCAUACUUUGUUCUGCAUAUGCUUGCUGGGAGUUAUACUGAGCUUCUUUUUGUGCGCGCGCGCGCGUGUGUGUGUGUGUGUGUGUGUGUGUGUGUGUGUGUGUGUGUGUGUGUAGCAGUGAGGGUUAAGUGACUUGUCCAGGGUCACACAGCUAGUAAGUGUCAAGUGUCUGAGGUUGGAUUUGAACUCAGGUCCUCCUGAAUCCAGGGCCAGUGCUUUAUCCACUGCACCACCUAGCUGCCCCCUUAUACUGAGCUUUUUAAAAGCAGGAUCUGAGAGGCCUAUCUUUGAUUCCCUCACUCAUCGUUCAUGCUAUCCCCUUGACAGCUCUGUAGGGCCUGUGGCCUGUGGUUCAUCUUAAGGGAACAGCUUUGUCAUAUCUUUUAACAACUGGUUGGAGGUCCCUGGGGGCUUCUUACACGUAUCUGGUUAGUAAUUCCUUCAUUAGUAGGUGAAGAGCAGCUUUGCCCAUAAUGUCUUGGGUGGUACCAGGUUCUUUCUACCUGCCUUCCACCCACUGCUCAUUGGCCUUGGUGUGUAUUCUUGCCACUUUGGUCCAAACCUGGCUGGCAGCUCUCUGCAGCCUCCCCCACUGCCACAGCCUCCUGGGGCUGACUCUCUUCUUCCCCAUACUCACCCUUGUGUGUGUUACUGUUUAUCUGUAGGGAGAGAGACCUCCUUUGAUGAAGUUUGGGUUUGAGGAUUCCUUCUGUCACUGACACCUAAACAGAUUAGUUCCCCGAGCUUCAGGUAGUCCUUUAAAAAAUGUUUUAAGUGCUCCCAUGGUCCUGCUACUAUUUGUUGUGGGAAAGAAGCACUUUGGGCAGUUUGAUGUUGCUGUUUUAUUUUCUCUCUUGAAAUAAUGAGUGAAGAGCAAGGGACCCUGGACUUUGCACCUUCCUGAAAAGCAUGUCACUGCAACCCUUUAAACCCUCACCCAGAUCAUGUGCCAAGAAGGAAGUGGGAAGUCUGGAGGUGGGCAGGGGUCAGAUUAUGUAUGAAUAUAAGAAAUAAAGGGAUUGAAGUCAAACUUCUGGUGCUGGGUGUUUUUCCUUCUCAGUCUGGACUGUGACCUUGAGCCAAAGCUGCCUGGGGCAUGAUAUCCAGUUUUUGAAGUUGAUGUGCUGACCCAUAGUCCUCUGAUCAGGGGUCUGUGGACAGGUGAGAUUGCUUUAACCUUUGCAGCUGUGAGCAUUAUCAUUAGCCCUGAUGAACAAGACUGACGGCAGCUCUUGACUCCCAAACAUGCUCACAGUGAGUGCCCUCUUGUCCCCGCCGCUUCUGCAGAAUCUAAGAAACAUCCGUACAGUGGCCACGUGACAGGCCCCGUCACUAGAAGGGAGUCAUGACCCUCCUGAGCCUCUCUCUGACUGGCCUCACUGUGUUCUAACUCCAGGGCAAGCUGCCUUUUGAAGCCCAGCCUAGGGAGUGGGCAUGGCUUUAGUUCUGAGUUGUCAAUGCGACUUGGGCCUCAGAUUUCUUUUGCCAGUGCUGUAAAACACUCAGCAGAAAGGAAGAAAGGAAAAAUAAAUUCCCUCCUCCCCAGGGUCCUCGUCACCUCCUGCAACCCUUCUGGUCACGUGAGGCAUCUUGUCUGCAGAGGAACCCAUUCUGAGCCUCAUGGAAAAAUCACAUCUGCAGCAGGGGGCUUUCCGAUCAUUUCUUCCUCUUGCUCUAGAUGAACAGAGGAAAUAGUAUCCUGGUCAGAGACAAAUGUCCUGAGGCCACAAGCAGUCAUUUCCAUUGUUUUAGAGGAGGCAUCCUGGCAUAGUAGAGACACUGGAGAACACAACUAGUAGCCUUGUGACCCUGGGCAUGUCAUGUACCCUUGCUGAGCCACAUCUGUAAGAUUAGGAUCAUAGCACCUGCUUUCUGGGAAUAUGGUGAAGCUCCGAUGAGUUUGGGGAAGGAUGAACAAAGUACUCAUAAAUGCCAAGCACUUUGGGCUAAUAGCUCAGUGCUUCCCUGUUAGCAGGAUAGAUGCAUUUCUCAUAGGAGAAUGACCUGUGAAUGCCCGAGGCUAGAAUUUCUCCCCAUUUCCUGUGGGAGGUGAGGCGUGAAGAUGAGUGAUUGGGGUUUUUUUUACAGUUGUGAACAUUAGCAUCAGUCCUACUGAACAGACCACCAGAAUAAGGUAUUUGUUCAGUAACAGCACAGGAAAACCUGUGCCUUGAGUAAAACCAUUAUUACUGAAGUCCUGGGACUCUGAUAACCAAGUCUCAGCCUGUUACGUCAGGUAGUCAGGUAGCCUGCACUUGUCCUCAGCCUCCAGGAUCAGCUUGGGGGAGAGGAGACAUCUGUAACACAGCAGAUGAUUGCAUUCUUUGUACUUGGUGCAAUUGGUAAGAGCUGUGCGCCAGCUUCUCAGUAAAGAGAGCAGCUGAUGAAUUUUAUGCUGCAGCACAAUUUUCAUUCUUAAUGAUAAAAUAGUAAUUUUACUGAGGAACUAAAAAAAUGUAUCUUUGGGGAGCAUUGAAGUCGUAAUUAUAAGACCCGUGAAC